GUCAGGGAAAAAAGAAAAAACUAAAUCACGGAAGAGAUUGUGCAGCCCUUUAGUUAAGCAAGUUUUUUGUCUCAAAGCAACGGAGAAAGACGGAAAACAAGGAAAAUAAAUACAUUUUGGUACAUUUCAACUGUUUUAUUGUCCUGUAGGAAGUAUAUGUGCGAGAGCAAGAAAGCUGUCAUGGAGUCGGCCAUUCAGACUGUGGUUAGUGUUUUCCUGAAGUCCGCCAAGGGCAAGGAGAACUUGGGAGGGAAUGACUUCCAAAAGCUGGUGAAGAACCAGCUCCACAAUAUUAUGACGGACACAGACAGCUCCGAGGCGGUGAAAGAGAUGCGAAAGGGCCUGGACGCCAAUCAGGAUGGUAAAGUCAGCUUCGACGAGUACAUGACCCUGGUGGGCUACCUCGCAACCACUCUGAGUCAGCAGCGCACCACCGCCAUGGAGAAGCCAGCGGACAGCGCAGCCCCUGCUCCAGAGAACGCCAGUGCGCCCAAGGCGGAGGACGGGAAGGCGGAAAGCAAGGCGCAUCCGGAAGAAGCACCAGCCGAGGCCCCCGCUAAGCCCGCAGCAAAAAGCGAGAAGGUGGAGGAGGCAGCGCUCAAGGUGGAAGUGGCAGUGAAGGCAGAGGAGCCAGCACCCAUGGUGGCCGUGGAGGAGAAGAAAGAGGAGGCCUCAUAGGAGUUACACACCGGUCCUAUCCGGACAUUACACUGCCCAUCAACACUAAACCAAUAUGCACUACACUGACAAAUUACACAGUUGUAUACACUCCCUCCCCCCUCCCAUUGGCGCUGCAAUAAUACCAUGCAACUUUACAGUAUGUGUUGCAACCCCACAAUAACACUUUAUUUUCAUACAUACACGCACCCAUUAUUUGGUACUAAAAUACACUACACACCGCAAUAUAUGAAUCCCAAUCAUCUUGAUACAUGUAUGUAGGUUUACUGAUAUGCAUUACACUACAAUUACUUAAAGUAAGUUGCAGCAGUACAUGACAAUGUCAUGUCAAUAAACAUCCCACUAUAUAGCAUAUGUUUCCCAGUAUAAUACCACUGCACACUGCUACUCAUUGACAUGUGAGAUUUUGACACCUGUAGAACUGAAUGAUGUUGGCACACUACACUGACACAGGCCACCGCGUGUCUCAUUGUAUGAUGCAAUACCAAAUGUAGUCGUUCAGUCAUGUCCAAAACGAUUGCCACUUGAUGAAGGUGUGUAAAAGGACUGUGUCAAAUAACAGAUAGAAAUACUGAGCUAAAUCGUAUGCAGAUUCUCCAAUAGAUUGCUUUGCAACAUGAAUGGUCGACUUGUUGGUAAUAUUUUCAACUUCAAAGGUAAAAAAACAGUCCAUGCAGGUGUUCACCUACUCAUAAAAAGUUGAAAUAGGGCUUCAGAUGGUCACUGCAAAAUAUUAAUUUGGUGCUAAAUGUCCUGUUACUUGGUGUUAUAUAUGUUUGUUUUUUGUGUUAGGGCAUUAUUUUGCCAUGAGUGACCACACUUCAGCCUCAGUAGUGGCAAAUAGGUUUUUGGCGGAUAUAUCCUGGUAUUUUAUGCCAUUAACCUUACCUGGAACAAGAGGUAAAUAUAAUAUUUUAUAUGUAAAGCAAGGUUCCUGACUAUAGAUUCAGGUGCCAAUCCAAUUGCCAAAUACCAUUUUACAAAAAAAAAAAUUAUACUCCCUAUUUUAUACUAUGAAGGCUUUUUUUUUUUUAACAAACCCUUCUAAAUAAAGUAUUCAUAUGGAGGUAGCAUCUGAUUGUAGAUUUGUUUACUUGAUAACACCAAGUUAUAUCAUUCUCAAACCAUGGACUUUGCUUUCAAAACCAACUUCUGCUGUAAAAAUAGGGGACAACAUACACAAUACGAUUAAACGUUGUUUGAUUUUAUUUAUAUGUUUAUGGGGUGCUCGUCAUUUUUAGGCCUAUCUCUUCCUCUGAGCAAUUAUAUUAGUAUUAAAUAUCAUAUGUGUCUCAGUAUUUCUACAAUUUAUUUCACACAGUCAUUUUUACCAAUCUUUAUCAAGGGUGCCAAUCAUUUUGGAUUUCCUGCUUGUUUUCUCUUCAUCUUGUGUCUCCAAUCUGAAAUGACUAUACUACAGUACAUUCCAUAAUGUACAGUUGUAUUAUGCCAUCCCGAGUCAUUGCUCAGAGACGGUUUGUUGUCUUAAUGGCUUUGCAUGAUGCAAGCAUGCACUGAUGCCUGGCCAAAUUAAAUGUUGCUAAGAUUGUUUAAGAUUC